UGUUAUAUGGACCAAAAUACCUGUUGCUAUUUUUAUUCCCACUCACAAUCACACAGUUUAAAACGAUGUAAACAGCAUUUUAUUCUGGUGAAGCUCAGUGUGACUCAUUAGUGAUUAAUGUUAAUCAGCUGGAAUAACUAACUGAUCUACCAGCUGAUUGGUUGAUGGACGGACAGAUGGACGUUUUUAGACUUUAGGAACUGAAAUCAUUUGUUUUAGUGAGAUUCUCUGAUUUGUUGUCUCCACAGGUUUUUAGUUUUCUGUCGUGCUGCGUUCACUGUACCCUGGACAUUAACAAACAUUAAACCUCCCCAUACAAACUUCAAUGUUUGAAAUGCUAAUUUGGAAAUUUAUCUUCUGCAGUACCGUAACUCCUAGCUAACUCCAGACUAACUCAUGGUUAACUCCAGACUAACUCCAGGCUAACUCCCGGCUAACUCCUAGCUAACUCCAGACUAACUCCCGGCUAACUCCAGACUAAUUCCAGGCUAACUCCAGACUAACUCCCAGCUAACUCCGGGCUAACUCCAGACUAACUCCAGGCUAACUCCCGGCUAACUCCUAGCUAACUCCAGACUAACUCCCGGCUAACUCCAGACUAACUCCAGACUAACUCCCAGCUAACUCCCGGCUAACUCCAGACUAACUCCUAGCUAACUCCAGACUAACUCCCGGCUAACUCCAGACUAACUCCAGUCUAACUCCCGGCUAACUCCUGGCUAACUCCAGACUAACUCCUAGCUAACUCCAGACUAACUCCUGGCUAACUCCUGACUAACUCCCAGCUAACUCCCGGCUAACUCCAGGCUAACUCCCGGCUAACUCCUAGCUAACUCCAGACUAACUCCCGGCUAACUCCAGACUAACUCCCAGCUAACUCCCGGCUAACUCCAGGCUAACUCCCGGCUAACUCCAGGCUAACUCCAGACUAACUCCCGGCUAACUCCAGACUAACUCCUAGCUAACUCCAGACUAACUCCAGUCUAACUCCCGGCUAACUCCAGACUAACUCCCAGCUAACUCCCGGCUAACUCCAGACUAACUCCAGGCUAACUCCCGGCUAACUCCAGACUAACUCCUAGCUAACUCCCGGCUAACUCCAGACUAACUCCCGGCUAACUCCAGACUAACUCCUAGCUAACUCCUGGCUAACUCCAGACUAACUCCUAGCUAACUCCUGGCUAACUCCAGACUAACUCCUAGCUAACUCCAGACUAACUCCCGGCUAACUCCAGACUAACUCCAGUCUAACUCCCGGCUAACUCCAGACUAACUCCUAGCUAACUCCAGACUAACUCCAGACUAACUCUGUGCUCCUCCAGAUGCUGGUGGAGGCAGACCACGUGGUUUCGGUCAGGCUGAUCCUGAGGCAGCCGUCGUCCGCCUGGCUGACCUUCAGCUUGGAGGAGAUCAAAAUAUUCCCCCACACGGAGCCGGAGCCCCUGAAGGAGGUUUCUGAUUGGCUGUCUGACCUGAUUCUGGUCGACCAGCUUCCUGAUGUGGAGGGCCUCCCGGACCCGCACAACUUUCCCUCCAGCAUCCAGCAGAUGUGGGCUCUGACCGAGGUCAUGCAGACCACAACCACAGCCUCCAUCGGACGCUUCGAUGUGGACGGAUGUUACGACAUCAACCUGCUGUCGCUGACGUAACGCGGCUUUCAGAGCGACACACACUUCCUGUGUGGAGGCAGAAGACCAGAGAGCCGCCUGCUGGUUUAUCACUUUGUGUCAUCAUAUCUGAUCACAUCACAGCACGAGACACGUAAUUCAGUUUCAACGUGAGAAAAGUGAACCAAACGUUUAGAAGAAUAACUCCGGAUCCGGAUCCCGAUCCUGAUCCCGAUCUGAUCCACUUCUGGUUUUAUUUUUACAUUUCUUUCAUUUUUUCUCUUAAAUAUAAAUAAUCUUUUCUUCUUCGUUUGUUUUUGUUUUGGUGUUGCUAAUAAUUCAGACUUAAAGACAAAUAAAAAUCAUAAAACUGAUCGAGUUAAAUCCAUUUUUCACAGGAUUAACAUUUAGAUCCUAAAUGAGGAAAAGCCAAAAUGAUUCACUCAUUUACAUAAUAAUAGAUUUUUGUUUCAGCAUAAAAUAUCUAAUGUUUCUCUUUUCGAGCAAAUCCAGUCGACUCUUAGAUAUUUAUGUUUUCACUUUCAGGGUCAAGAUGAAUAUUAAAAUCCUCCACUGUAUUGACGACAUUAUCGAUAUUUAACAGCAAAUCAAGUCACUGAUCUAAAGACGAAGUAAUGACAAGUCUGGUGAUGUCAUGAUGUGGGCGGAGCCACGCACAAAAUGAGCUGCAGUUUGAUGGAGGAUGAAAGUGAUGAAGAAAAAGAAGAAACUUUUUAUCCCCAGUUUUAUUCAAUCAGAUUAUUUUGCACAUUUUUACGGUCAGGUUAGGAUUACUGAUUCUUUGUUUUACUCACUUCUGAAAGUUAAGAGUUUCUAACACCUGACAUUUUCUAUUACAGGUUUAGGCUGUAAAAAUGAAUGGAAGUCAAUGGAAAGUCCCCACAAAGAAAGCCACGUGUCUGUGUGUGUGUGUGUGUGUGUGUGUGUGUCUCUCUCUCUCUCUCUGUGUGUCUGUGUGUGUGUGUGUGUGUCUCUCUCUCUCUCUCUGUGUGUGUCUGUGUGUGUGUGAAACACACAUUGGCUCAGAUCCUCCUGUUAGCUCUGUUCUGCCCGUCCAGCAGUCGGCAUUUGUCUGUCGAUUCGGUGGAAUCUGAAACUCGACGAUUCAUUCUGCAGAAUUCUGAAUGAAACCAAAAUAAAGGUUUUAUUUUUUCUUUUGGCCAGAAAACACAGUUACUAGAUUCACUAAAGUAAUCGGAUCCAUGCGAUUUGCUUUGCCAGCAGAAGCAGAAGGUGUUGGGGAGUUCAGCUUGUUCUGAGUUCAAAGGUCACCGUGACAUCACAGUUUGCUUCCUGAAGCUCCUCCUCCUCCUGCUGCUCGAACCGAACCGGGUCAAUGCAGAGCAUUCUGCUCUCAUCUUCCAGUCCAUCAUGGCUGGAGGCCCAACAGACGCAGACAGAUCCAGAUUUCCUGACUGGAUUUUUCUGAACUUGUCGUUUUGUGUUCAGUUGCUGCUGAUGGAGACGAUCAACAUGUCAGCAGUUUAGACGUCGGUGUUGUUUCCUCUUGACAGAAGACGUGUCAGGAACGCCAGCCGCUCUCCGUCUGAAGCUGAAUUGGUUUUCUUGCGGUGAAGCUUUGUCUCUUUCUCAUUAAGUCCUGCAGUCGUUUCUCCUUCUCCUCGUCUCCCUGCCCUCCUCGCUCGCUUUGAUUUGAUCUUUCUAUCAUCUCAUCACUCGACUCGCUGAGCGAUGCACCUCAGAGUCAUGAAUCAUUUAUUCAGAUGAGUCUGAGACAGCCGUGUCACCGGCCGCUGCAACACCGACAGGAAGAAAAAAGCAGCUUCAUGCUGUGACUGGAAUAACUGAAGAGACGAGUUUCACUCAGAGCAGAAACUUUAUUAUCUUCUGGACGAAAUGCCAGGAUGUUCUCUGUGAAGGGGCAGUUAUUGUUGUCAACAAAAGCAGGAAGCAACGACUUUCCAUCCAUCCAUUAAUCCUCAGGAACACAUUUUGUCACGUCUGACUUUAACCAGUUUCAUUCAUUUCCUGGAUUCAAAGCAUUGAUCACUGAAUGGAGUCAGAUUUCUGUUCCGUCGAGUUUUGGUGAUUUGUAGGUUUUUAUUGUCGACUGAAAUAUUUUAUGUAGCGUAUAUUUAUGCACAUUUUAAUGCAACAUUGAUUUGUGUGCAUGCCAAUUUGUCCAACAGUCUCUGAGUUCACAACGUUUAGACGUGAAGCUUCCCAACAUUUCCUGGGAUUGUCCAACAAACUACAGACCAGGAACAAAUUACUGCAGUUAAACUUCAUACUGUUGAAUGUUUGAGUAAAGAUUCAGUUCAAAACCUAAA